UGCCUCCAGCUCGACCUCGUCGCCGGCCUGACCGUGGGCCUGACCGUGGUGCCGCAAGCCCUGGCCUACGCCGAGGUGGCCGGCCUGCCAGCCCAGUACGGUCUCUAUUCCUCCUUCGUGGGCUGCUUCGUUUACUGCCUCCUGGGCACCUCCAAGGAUGUGACGCUGGGCCCCACGGCCAUUAUGUCGCUGCUGGUCUCUUCGUACGCCUUCCACGACCCUGCCUAUGCCACCCUGCUCGCCUUCCUGUCGGGCUGCAUCCAGCUAGCCAUGGGCCUCCUGCACCUGGGUUUCCUGCUGGACUUCAUUUCCUACCCCGUCAUCACAGGCUUUACAUCAGCUGCUUCGGUCACCAUUAGCUUCAGCCAGGUCAAGAACAUCCUGGGGCUGCGCGGCAUCCCACGGCAGUUCUUCUUGCAGGUGUAUGAGACUUUCCGGCGCGUCAGGGAGACCAGGGUCGGGGAUGCCGCCCUGGGGCUGGUCUGCCUGGUCGUGCUCAUGGGGCUCCGGUGCAUGAAGGGCCACGUCCCCCGGGGCUGCCGGAUGGAGCCGCUGCUGGUCAGGAUGGGUCAUCUGAUCGUCUGGGCCACGGCGACAGCCCGCAAUGCCCUCGUGGUCCUGUUUGCUGGCCUGGUUGCCUACUCGUUCCAGGUGACAGGCUCCCAGCCCUUUGUGCUCACCGGGGAGACGCCCAAGGGGCUGCCUCCCUUCCAGCCGCCUCCCUUCUCCAAGGUCACGGCCAACGGCACCGUCCCCUUUGGCGAGAUGGUUCAGGACCUGGGAGCUGGGCUGGCCGUGGUGCCACUCAUGGGCCUGCUGGAGACCAUCGCAAUCGCCAAGGCCUUCGCCUCGCAGAAUAGCUACCGAAUUGACCCCAAUCAGGAGCUGCUGGCCAUGGGCUGCACCAACCUCCUGGGCUCCUUUGUCUCAUCCUACCCGGUCACAGGCAGCUUUGGGCGGACAGCAGUGAACGCGCAGUCCGGUGUGUGCACCCCAGCCGGGGGGCUGGUCACAGGGACCUUGGUCCUGCUCUCCCUGGCCUACCUGACCUCCUCCUUCUACUACAUUCCCAAGGCGGCGCUGGCUGCCGUCAUCAUCGGGGCCGUGGCUCCCAUGUUCGACGCCGGGAUCUUCAGGACGCUGUGGCGUGUUAAAAAGCUCGACCUUGUGCCGCUGUGCGUGACCUUCAUGCUCUGCUUCUGGGAGGUGCAGUACGGCAUCGUGGCCGGCAUCCUGGUCUCGGGGGUCCUCCUGCUCUACACCAUUGCCAGGCCCCCGAUAGAGGUCUCCGAGCUGGGGGUGCAUCUGCUGCAGCCUGCGAGCGGCCUGCACUUCCCAGCUGUCGAGCACCUCCGGGAAGCCGUGCACCAACGGGCGUUGGCAGGGUCACCUGCACGCUGCGUCGUCCUGGACUGUGCGCACGUCAGCAGCAUCGACUACACGGUCGUGCGGGGGCUGGCGGAUCUGCUGCAGGAGCUGCUCAAGAAGGACGUCUCCCUCGUCUUCUGCAGCCUGCAGCCUCAUGUUCUCCAUGUCUUGCUGUCUGCGAACCUGGAAGGAUUUCGGCAUUUCCCCAGCCUGGAGGAGGCAGCAGAGCAGGAGCUGCAGGGCAGCCAUCGGGUCCUCUUUCACGCCCCUGCCGAGACCACGCUGCCGACGCCAGGGCUCAUCCAGUGAGGGCAUGGCUCUGGCCAUCCUGCCGUCUGCCCCUGCUCCCGCCCAGGGCUGCAGAGGGGAGCUUUGGGUGGCUCUGGAAGACGGAUGCGUGCCAGCACUCCCGGUCUGCUCCUGGGGCGCUUCCAGGCAACACAGCUGGAGGGGAGGGAGGCAACACUACAUGCGACGGGAAGAAAACCUCUCUCACCC